AUGACGACCUCGGCUGGGAAGCCGAGCAAGGAGAAGCAUGCCUACGACAGCGACUCCUCCGACGGCCUCGACACUAGCCUGGGUCUCGGCAUCAAGUUGGCCUAUCCGGUGUUGCUCCCACCAGCCCCCACGGCGGCGACAAGCAUGACGCGCAAGAUGAAGGCUCGGAUUUGUGAAGUUCGUCCGCGGCCACGUCCGCUCCAUGGCUUGCCUCCGGUGUCUCCUUUGUCUCCCGUCCCUCCCGUGCCUCUCAAGCUCCCCGUCUCUUCCAAGAUGCCUCACACGUUGCGCUCACCGCCAGUUGUUCGCCCGCCGGUCGGGACCAACGCCAAGCGCAGGACGCUUCGAGACCGCAUUGAGGGAUGGUGGGACCUGGGGCUGUUGGAGAAAAGGCAAACGCUCCAUGGCGGCUUAACGAAGCAUCGAUUACAUGAAGAUCAGAACCGCCAACCUCUCUCCGACUACCUUUCAUCGCAUCGCCAACCACCAUUGGGCAUCUGGGGAAAACCCAACAUGUCGCUUCUCCGGCAGCUCGUCUCCGGCAGCAAGAUCCGCUCGUCGGAAGGCUGUUGGACAUGUCGUGUGCGGCGCAAAAAAUGUGCCGAGAAUCGGCCCGUAUGCGACACCUGUCGUGUGCUGGAAAUCACCUGCUACUUUCAGGACGAAAAGCCAGACUGGAUGGAUGGCGGGCCGAAGCAAAGAGAGAUGGGUGUCAGGAUCAAGGCUCAGGUCAAGAAGCAGGCGAGCUCUCGCCGCGAUCGCAAGUACCUCGAGAUGCUCGAAGCGGGCACCCGAUCGGUCAACCUCGAUGACAACGAGCCGGCACACGGCCCUCACGGCAGCCAGGAGCCCGCGGAAGCCACGCCAGGCAUGUCCGGCGCAUCCGACACGGAUCCGUCACCGCGCAGCCUCGAGAUGGGCUCGACGCCGGCGUCGACCAACACGAAUGGCACGUCGCCCCGCGAGGGCCCCUGGCACAGCCAGUUGUUCAGCCGACAGGCCGACCCGGACUCGACGCCGGACGUGGACAUACAUUUCCUCAUGAUCUACCUCGACUACGUGUUUCCCUACCUGUUUCCGCACUACCGUCCUCCCGUCCUCGCCGGCGGUCGAGGCUGGAUCCUCGACGUAAUCCAGAGCAACCGCUGCGUCUACCACACGGCCAUCUCCCUCGCCAGCGCCUUCUUCGCCAUCGUGCUCGCCAACGGCCAGGAGGAGCACGAAGAAUGCACAGCCAGGAUGGUGCACAAUCUCGAAAGCCAGCUCGAGCUGGGGCUCAAGGAGCUGCAGAAGGAGAUGCGCAUCCUCAACGCCGGCACCGCCUUUGACAAGCAAAAGGGCCUCGUCGUCAUGCAGAGCAUCAUCCAGAUGCUCUUCUUCGAGGUUGCCACGGCCAAAAAGGACAAUUGGAAGAUGCACCUCGACGCCGCCAUUGCCCUCUUCCUGCAGAUCGUGCCGCGGCCGGAGGAGUGGACGGAGACGCUCAACGACCUCUACACGCCAAAGUGGCCACCGCCCGAGCUCGGUCUCCGACGGCCGUGGAGCACGAACCAAGCGGCGCUGCGCUUCUUUACCGCCACCAUCAUGUACAUCGACGUCAUCUCGAGCGUCACCCUCGGCAACGCCCCGCGCCUGUACCCGUACCAGCCGGCCGUCAUCCCCGGAUGCGUCACCAUCCCGCGCGGCGUCGAGCCCGUCCCGGCCGGACCUCUCUUCCUCGAAGACUUCUUCGGCCUCUCCAACUAUAUGGUCCAGGCCCUGGCCGACGUGGCGGCGCUGGAAUCGUGGAAGCGGCUGCAGAAGCAGACCGGUUCGUUGUCGGUGAACGAGCUCGUCUCUCGCGGCCAGGUCCUCUCGGACGCCAUCAAGGGCGGCCUCCAGAUGCUCGAGGCCCAGGCCCAGGCCCACGAGGCCGCUCAACCUCGGUUUCAGCUGCUCGUCUCGGACCCCAUCACCUCGGACCCCCAAGAGCACCCGACGUAUCAGAUGAUAUGGCUGCUCGCGACCCUGAGCUAUCUCAACGUCGUCAUCUCCGGCUGGCAGCCGUCGAACCCGGAAAUUCGCUGGUCCGUGGCGAAGGCGACGGAGCUGCUGUCGCAGGUCCCCAGGGGCGCGUCCUUGCGGGCCCUGGCCUGGCCCUUUUGCCUCUCCGGCUGCCUGUCGCCGCCGGAGCAGCAGGAUGCGUAUCGGACCAUGGCGCAGCGCCUCGGCCCCUUGCAGAUAUUCGGAACGAUCAAGGAGGCCAUGGAGAUUAUGGAAAAGGUCUGGUCCAUCAGGGGGCAGAUUGACGAAUCAUGGGACAUGUGCAAGUGCCUCAACGUUUUGGGCCAUGGCGUUUUGCUUAUUUGA